AUGCCAGGAACAAUCACGGUGCUGAAGACGUCUCCUGUUCGGAUUGGUGGUGGGGUUGAUGAGUCCACGGUGUACUUUCACCGGCUUUUCUGGACAUUUCCACCCUGUGUUGAGGCAUUCCGGCAUUGUAAGCCCCUCGUCAGUAUUGAUGGUAGCCACUUGUAUGGAAAGUACGGAGGGACGCUGCUGUUGGCAAUAGCUCAGGACGGGAACUCGAACAUCCUGCCGAUAGUAUUUGCCCUUGUGGAGGGCGAAAAUGCAGAGUCGUGGUCAUUCUUCUUGUCCAAUCUCCGACAGCAUGUGACUCCUCAGGAGGGCAUCCUUGUUAUAUUAGACAGGCAUAAUGGGAUCAAGGCAGCGCUUGAGGCACCUGAGACUGGAUGGCUGCCUCCUCGUGCUUUCCGGGCCUACUGUAUAAGGCAUGUGGCUACGAAUUUCGCCCUAACGUUCAAAGGUAAGGACUCAAGGAGGUUGCUGGUCAAUGCUGCCUACGCCAAGACUGAGGCAGAGUUUUACUACUGGUUCGACAUCAUGCGGACUGAGAAUCCAGCAAUGUCUGACUGGGCCAACCGUAUGGAGUAUGACAAAUGGACCCAACAUGAGGAUGCUGGUCGACGGUUCGGGCACAUGACCACAAACAUCAGUGAAUGUGUGAACUCCGUGCUAAAGGGAACUCGCAACCUGCCGGUCACAUCGUUGGUUAAGUCAACCUACGGGAGGCUUGCUCAGCUAUUUGUGGUACGGGGACAGACAGCAGAGGCACAACUCGGAUCUGGCAAUGAAUUCUGUCAGGCAUUGGUAAAGGCUAUUGAUCGGAACCUAAGAGACUCUAGGUGCUUCACUGUGACAUUAUACGACAGGCAUCAGUCCGAGUACACCGUCGCUGAGACAACACCAACGGGGACCUUCUCGCUGGGUAGCUAUAGAGUUUCCCUUAAAGAUCACCGAUGCGACUGUGGCCACUUCCAGGCGCUGCAUUAUCCUUGUUGCCACGCCAUUGCGUGUUGCGCCUACUCCCGGCUUAACUAG